AUGCCGGACUGUCAGGAGAGCGGGGCCAAAGGAGCCCCCAUCCACCCGAAAAUCUCCUUCUCCAUCUUGGACAUCCUGGAUCCUCAGAAAUUUACCAGGAAAAGCAACCCAGCGACAGGGCGAAGGGAGAACAUCGCGCCUGCGGGACAGCGGGAGAAAAGUUUGGGAAGAGUUGAACUAGAGAGGAUUCCGAGCAGCAAGGGGAAUAAACUAGAGGCGUAUCAUGAUGCGGACGCCAGCCGCGGAGAGAGCCCGGCGGCCACCCUGGAGGCCUUGGAACAAGAGCCACGCGAUCGGGACAGGAGCUGCUUAACCACCGGGCCCGGCUCUGCACUCCACUCGCCCGGCGACUUCCCUCCCUGCUCGCCAUCGGAUCUGGAUGAGCCCGGCUCGCCGCUGUCAGCCAGGCGUCGCCGAACCGAAUCCAGUUGCGCGAAGCCUCGCCGGGCCCGGACGGCUUUUACGUACGAGCAGCUUGUGGCGCUGGAGAACAAGUUCAGGGCCACACGGUACCUGUCGGUGUGCGAGCGCCUCAACCUGGCCCUGUCGCUCAGCUUAUCCGAGACGCAGGUCAAAAUCUGGUUCCAGAAUCGAAGGACCAAGUGGAAGAAGCAAAACCCCAGCGUUGACGGCUCGGGGCAGCCAGGAAACAACCCGAUGCCCACGGGUGGUGGAGGAGGGGGCAGUGGCAACAGUAACAGCCCUAGUCCGCCGGGCCCCAGUGCCUUGCCCUACCAGACUUUCCCAUCGUACGCACCUGCCAGUGUCCUCUUUCCAGCAUCUGCUCCCCUUCCCUUGACAGGAGGGGGAUCCUUUCCUUCUUUCCUGAGCCCUACAUAUCUGGCCCCAUUUUAUACCCCUCACCUAUAAAAGGAUCCUAUUAUCUGAAGGGCUUCCAGAGGUUUCUGCCCAGACAUGAAUGGAGAUGAGCAAACCCAGCUGUUUAAAUAAGGAAAGCGAAAUCCAGUUCUAGAAAGCAUCUCUUCACUUUGUCCUCUGCGCAUAAAUGGUUUGUUUUCCUCAGAUCUUGUAAAGAGCAUGCCCUCAAAUCAACCACCCUGUGAUCACCAUUAGCUACUUACAGGUGCUUUUUUGAGUCUCUUUAGGUGGGACAUGAGUAUGGGGUGGGGGGGAACCAGCCCCCAGCUUUUCCAUUUCAUGAGCAAAAGCAAAACUUCAUAAUGUAAUUUAAGUUUGUGAAGCCCAUUUGAAAGCAAGAGUGACUUUCAGUGCAAGAAUAUGGAUUAAACCCCCCAUAAAGCAGGUGUGCAGUAUUUGAUAUUUAUGUAAUUGCUUCUCAAUAGCAUAUGCAAGAAGGCAGAAAUAUGGAUUUAGCAGUCAGAAGAGCAGCAAAAGCUGGUUUUCUUCCUCCUGCUCCUCUUUCUCCCCUAUAUAAUCUGUUCCUUUUAGGCGCCUGGUGAUGCACUGAACCGGUGUAACUCCAUGCCCACUCUUGUUAGAUAGGCUAGAGGUUGAUGGGCAAGAACAUAGUACUGGAACCUAUGCUGCAUGACCUGCUCUGACCAUUGAAUUCACUUCUAGACAGAAAUACAGAAUGUGUGUAAUAGUGGAUUAUGCAAACUGUAGAUUGGAAAUGGAGACAGUAUUUUAAUAAAAUGUGUGUUGUACUAUAC